AGCUAUUUUCCCUUCCAAAAAGAGUUAUACUCAGCCAGGGGAAGAGUAAACAAUACUUUGUUCUAGAAGCUCAUAAAGUCAGAUAGUAUUACAAGACGCAGUCUAAACUGGAAUCCAGCAUAUGAGCGCAUAUGAUUCAGGGUUGCUUCCUUCCGUGAAAUAUUCUUUGCAGAGCAAGAAAAACCAGUGUAUGUGUGAACACACUGGUCACAAAAGAACUGAGUCUGUUCUUUAAAAGAGGUCGUGACAAGUCAGAGGACUCCAGCAACUAGAAAGGAUGGCUGAGGAAACAACUGGCUUUAUAAAAUUAGAUAAACUUUUAAUUCCCCUGAAAGAUAACAAGAAUGAGCUGAUGUUUUCAUACAAAGGAGUGCUGUAUCCUCGGCGCCUUUGUUGCGCUGAGACAUUUGAAGCUUUGGAAACUAUGAAAGUCAGAAAGGAUGAUGUCCUGAUAGCGGCUUAUCCCAAAUGUGGUACUAACUGGGCAGUACAUAUUUUAAACAACCUGGUAGCUGCAAGUUACAAGGAUUAUUUACCAGGAAAAACCUUACAAGUGCUUGAGUUUGGAACCCCAGAAACAGUUAAGGAAAUGGAAGACCAGCCUCCACCUCGUGUUUUUACAACUCAUCUCCAUUACAAUAACAUUCCCAAAUCUGUUUUUGAGAACAAGGUGAAGAUACUUGUGAUAUUUCGAAAUCCCAAAGAUACAGCUGUCUCCUAUUAUCAUUUUUACAACAAAAAUCCUUUGCUUCCCAAUGUCAGCUCCUGGGAUGAAUUCUUUCAAAUGUUCAUGAAUGGCGAAGUUGGUUGGCGAUCCUACUUUGAACAUGCUCUUGCUUGGGACAAACAUAUGGAUGAAGAAAAUAUCCUGAUCCUCACAUAUGAAGAGCUUAAAGAAAAUCUUUAUGAAGGAAUAAAACUUAUAGCAGAUUUUUAUGCAUUUCCUCUUUCUGAAGAGAAGAUCAAGGCUAUAGCAGACAAAGCUACCUUCCAAGAAAUGAAUGACAAUUCCCCCCAAACUCAUGGUGCACUUGGACCUAUAAUUUUCAGGAAAGGAGAAGUGGGCGACUGGAAGACAUUGUUCACUGAAGCUCAGAGCCAGGAAAUGGAUGCAAAAUUUGAAGAGUGUUUAGCAGCAACAAAACUGGGUAGAAAACUACAAUAUGACAAAUACUGCAAAUUCUGAAGUGGGCUGAAGUAUUUUAAUUGUGCUUCUUCUAAAUGGGAGAAAUAUUCAAAUGGCAUAGACAUUUACGUAUAGGAAACUGAUAAACUUUCUCAAUUUUUCAUUUCUUUUCAAAUCAUGGGCUCAGAUUUUAAACAUUCAAAUGGGAGAAAUUGAAGGGUAACAUAUGUACAAUAAUAUGAAGCAAUUCCAGAGAAAUUUAUCCUCCUUUUAAUGUAUUAUGUCCUACCUCAAAGAUAUAUCUCAUUUACCUUGCUAUCUUCAUUUAGCUUAAAACUGAGGACAGCACUCCAUGAAUCUGAAAAACUGAACUUGAUUCUGUGAAAGCCUAAUCGAUAAUAAAAAUUUUAGUCUUUGUGUUA